CGCUCUUCGGGAGGCGGGCCUGCUGGGGCUCGCAGCAGGGCAGCUGUGGGCGCACUGUAUUCCCAGCUUCCACGUCUCGGGCGGCCGAGUCUCUACUGGUGGCUGAAUUCCUAGACCCUGCUAAACAUUUACCAUUUUGGAAUUUAAAGUAUGACAUCAUGGCAAAGUUUCGAAGAAGGACUUGUAUCACCUUGUCACUUUUUAUUCUAUUUAUUUUCUCUCUGAUGAUGGGUUUAAAAAUGCUGAGACCACAUAAAGCUGCUUUUGGAGAUCCUUUUGGACUUGACCUUCUUCCAGAAAUUCGGCAACAAACUCCUCAUUUGGUAAAAACUUUUGAUUCCCAAAAGAGUGACAAAAUCGACAGUGAAACAAACGUCAAGAAUUUAAAAAGUGUUGAAAUCACUGUAAAACCUUCCAAAGCCUCUGAACCUUACCCAGAAGAACUGCCACCUCGGAAUUAUUAUUUACAUGUAUUUUAUUACAGCUGGUAUGGAAAUCCACAAUAUGAUGGUAAAUAUAUACAUUGGAACCAUCCAAUCCUCUCGCAUUGGGACCUUAGAAUAGCCAAGAAAUAUCCACAAGGGAAACACAACCCCCCAGAUGACAUUGGCUCCAGCUUUUACCCUGAGUUGGGAAGUUACAGCUCUCGGGAUCCUUCUGUCAUUGAAACUCACAUGAAACAAAUGUACUCAGCUUCAAUUGGUGUACUAGCCCUAUCUUGGUACCCACCUGACUCAAAUGAUGAGAAUGGAGAACCUACUGAUAACUUGGUACCAACUAUUUUGGAUAAAGCUCAUAAAUAUAAUCUGAAGGUCACUUUUCACAUUGAACCAUAUAAGAAUCGAGAUGAUAAAAACAUGUACCAAAAUGUCAGAUACAUUAUAGACAAAUAUGGAAAUCAUCCUGCCUUUUACAGGUACAAGACUAAGAACGGCAGUGCCCUUCCACUGUUUUAUGUCUAUGAUUCCUAUAUCACAACAGCUGAAAAAUGGGCCAAUCUGUUAACCAGCUCAGGGUCUCAGAGCAUUCGCAACUCUCCUUAUGAUGCAUUGUUUAUUGCACUUCUAGUAGAAAAAAAACAUAGAUAUGAAAUUCUUCGAGGUGGUUUUGAUGGAAUUUAUACGUAUUUUGCCACAAAUGGCUUUACUUAUGGCUCAUCCUAUGAGAACUGGGCUAAGCUAAAAUUUUUUUGUGAUCAGUUCGACCUAAUGUUCAUCCCAAGUGUGGGCCCAGGAUACAUAGAUACCAGCAUCCGUCCAUGGAACACUCAGAACACUCGCAACCGAGUCAAUGGGAAAUAUUAUGAGGAUGCUCUGAGUGCUGCACUCCAAGCCCACCCCAGUAUAAUUUCCAUCACCUCUUUUAAUGAGUGGCAUGAAGGAACUCAGAUUGAAAAAGCUGUUCCCAAAAGAACCAGUAAUACCGUGUACCUGGAUUACCGGCCUCAUAAACCAAGUCUUUAUCUAGAUCUAACUCGUAAGUGGUCUGAAAAAUACAGUAAGGAAAGAGCAACUUAUGCAUUAGAUCACCAGCUACCUGUUUCUUAAUGCAUUGAUUAAAGUUUAAUAAUUAUAGAAAUCACCUAAUUUCUAUACAUUCCUUUUGUUUUGAGUUAUGGAAAGAAAACUGUCAAAGUCAGUAUAUACUAUUAUCGCUAAUAAAAAUAAUUUGUACAUUUUUAAAGGUAGUAAUAUUAUCAUUGCCACCUUUCACAAUGGUGAUGUUGCACUGAGAAAAGUGCAAAUAACAUUCCUUGUGUCAUAAUUUGGUGAAUUUCUGACUGGAAUUGAAAUCCUGCUUUAUAGCUAUUUUUGUUUCACAAUAGGUAAUUGCUUGUGUUAUAUAGAGUAGUUAGCACACAGUUAAAUCCUACCUGUAUUCUGGGCCCAGAGAAAAAGGACUGUGUACAUAUUUGGUAUGUCUAUUGAAGAACAAAGACCUAAAAGAUAAUGUACAUGGUUCCUUUUUCAUUUUUUUAAUGAUCCAGUCAACUUCAUCAUAUUAGCAUUCAGACUCUGGAUAACUCUCCAAUAACAAUUCUUCAGAAAAAAAUCAUAUGCCUUAAGCCUUACUGUGAACCAUAUUGUGUUAGGAAGGUCUGCUUUCUACAGCACAAUAUGUAUCAUCAUUUGCAGAUUUUUGGUUUCCUAGAGCUUGCUAGGUGUUUUGCAUGUCUAAUGUUUCUACAUUAUAAUGCUGAAUUUCAGGCUUUAGAAGUAAGGAAAAUCUUUUCAUAAAGGUUAAGGAUUGCUUCUCAGUUAUUAAAAAAAAAUAGCUGCUCUACAAUUAUGAAAAUACAGUGCCUCAAAUGUUAUUUUAGGAUACGCUGUCACUUUAACUUAUUUUAUUAUUCAUAUUUUUAAAUUUAAUGUUAAUCAGAGACCAACUGUUAGAUAAGAAAAAGUUGAUGCUAUCAUUGGAUUGCCUUCUUUUAAGAUUUUAAGCUAUUUUAACUAAAACUAAUAGAGAAAAUUUACUUACCAUUUCAAAUUUUAAGGAUAUGGAAAUGAAAGUUCAUUACUAAAUUUGACUUUUUAUUAGGUAUAACACUUGAUGGAAAUAUUUAAGACUUUAUUGUCUAUAAUAUAACAUCCCCAUCUAUAAACAUUAUACUUUUAUGUUACCUAACAGGUUAAAGAGUUGUGAUCCAUUGUCAUAUUGUGACAAAUUAAUCAUCUGUAAAAAUGAAUCUCUUUACUUUAAAAACUAGAGCAUAAAAUAUACUCUAUUAUUAUAGUUAAUAUUUGUAACUAGAACUAUAGUAAAAAAUCUAAUAUAUAUGCUAUUACAUGAAUUUUUUAAAGAUAUUUAUUAAAUGUAAGCAAUAGGGAAAUACUAAACAAUACAUAUAAAUAUUCUGAAUAUAUGGACAUUCAUUCAGAAACAAAUUAGCAGUGGGAUUUAUCAUAAAAUAACUCAUUAGACAGUGAAAUUUAAUUUUAAGCAGUGCUUUUGAAGUUAACUAUCAUGUCUUUGAAAAGAAGCAUGAUUAAUGUUAAACUUAUUUAUAACUGAGAAUUUGCCAUUUCUCAGAAUGUUCAGACCAUGGGAAACCAGUAUAAUAGUAAUUAGUAAUUCACCUUGUAGAGGAAAUUACAAGAAUAGAUCACUAUAAUGUUACAACUAAGCAUCUCCAUAGGAACACUCAUACAGAUAUAACCUGUGGAUUUUUUUUCUUACAUCCAGUUAGCCACUACCACUAUAUGUUAUCUUAGGGAUAAACUCUAAAUAUGGUAUACUUAAUAAUAUUUAUAACAUACCAUAUUUUAUUAAAGUUUAGUUAGAUCUCUAACAAACAGGAAUUUUUGUCAAUGCUUAUGUUGUAUGUUUGAACCCAUAAUGACAAUUUUAUGAAAUAGUUCUGAGAUUAAGAGAAAGUGUAUAAAAACAAGGUCAGCAAAUCCUCAACGCAGACACCACCAUUUCUCUCCUGCUCCCAUUGCAGACAUAUAGAUAGAUCAUCUAGGAGUGCAGAAUUUCCCUCUGAGCUUUGUUCUAACGCACUACCCCAACCAGCCACUGACAGUUGGUUUCAAAGUAAGAUAAAAUAGAUUCUGUCUUCAUUGCAGAGUUAGUUAAUUCUCAAGGGAAGCAUGUUUGGAAUCAGCUCUAAUGAUAGUUUACUGAUUUGUAACUAUUUGAAUAUCAUGUUUCUUUUCUCCUGUUCUUAAAAAAACAGUUAUUAGAAGGAAUUAUCUCUAAUAAUUUUGUUAGGGAAGAAUGCUUUCAAAAUCUUCCUCAGGUAUUCAUUACAGCUGCCUUUACCAUUUGACUUAUAACAAGUUUAGAUUGAAUAAUCAAAAGAAAUCAAUUCUUUGCUUUUAUUUAAUUCAAUAAACUAAAGUAACUGUUAAAGAAAAAACAGUGUAAUAUAUGCAAUGCAUGAAUCAAAAUGAAUUAUUUUAUGGUUUAAUCAGUCUAAUUGUUUUGACUGUAUAGAAACCAAAUCUUUCUUUUACUACUCUCUUUAAGGACUGAUAUUGUCAAAAACUGCUGUAAUUGAUGUUGAUCUCAGCUGUAUAUUAACUUUUUUGUUUUAAGAGUAAUUUUAAAAUGACUAUUUUGUUACACGAAGUAGUUAACUUUCACCUAAUAAAAGCAUACGCAGAAUAAAUUGUAUCUUAGAUAUAAAAAUCUGUUUCUUUUUUAUGAAAUGUUUAAUUUCUGAUUAACAGUUCAAAAGUAGUAUUCAGUCGCCACUCUAUAUAUCUUCUCUAUUUGAAAUAUACAGCAUUUAAAAAGUAGAUAUCUUUUAACUGUACUUUUAAAAUCUGUGAAUUUGUUAUACACACAAAAAUAUGAAUUUUUUAAAUUUGGAAGAUGGUUUCUUAUUUUUUUAUUCUUUGGGCAUAAUCAUAUAUGAGCUCCAACAUCCUUUAGAAAAUUUAUCUUCCCCUAAAACAGCAAAAGUAACAAGCCACUUGAGAACCUACCAAGUUCAUAACCAAGCCCUUUUUGAAACUGAUCACAGUUAUUCAAUUUAAACACAGUGACUGCUCGUAAACUCUAUAGUGCCUACAGAAGCAGUCCUUAAAAGUCUUUAUCUAAAAUUUGAAUUAAGGUCGAACACUCUCAUGUCCCAUAGUGUAGAAGCAAUACUUUAUUUACGA